UGAGGAGAGCGGGGAGCCGCUGGAGCGUCGGCGGCUCUGAGGAGACCGGAGCGAGGGGGAGCCGCUGGGGUGAUGGCGGCUCUGAGCAGGCUGGGGUGGGUGUGAGGGGCGGUGGCUACGGCAGGGCCCACUCAAGUGCCUGCUUUCCUGGGCUGCGGCGCUGAGUCUGACCGUUUUCACUUUGCCUCUGCUCCUGCCUGAGGGAACAGAUGAAGCAGCAGCUCAUGGAGUGCAGCGCCGCAGUUCAUGCUAGUCAAGAAAGCUACCCUGAUCAUGCCAUUGAAGAAAAGUUUAUCAAGAAGUUCCAGCUUAUGGAUGCUCUGAGAAACAAAGUGAAACAAAAUGAUAAUGACUCAUGUCUGAUCUUGGAAACUAUGAAACACAUAAUACUGCUCAGCACUGCAAUACUUGAAUCUCAGCAGGUAAAUGUCAGUUGUAGCUUGUUGUGCAGGUCUGCCAACCUCAAUACGGGCAGGGGCAUGGUUUGAAAGUAACAGGAAUGUGCAAGUCAUUUGAAGCUGAAUAUGUGGCCAAAGGGUGUGUUUUCUACUGGUGUUAAAAUUAUUGAAAUGAUUACUUAAACUGAAUAUGUAAGAAAGUCUGGUUCUAGAGCUGCCCUUAACUGAUUUUGUGGAUUGAAUUAGCAUCUGUCAAUAUUUAUUGGAGACAGGAGUCUAGGAAAGUACUUUUUUUUUUUCUUUCAGCAAGCACAUGAGAUGGAACAGAAAUUGAAUGACAUUAAAAGGAAAAUACUCUGUGUGUUAGUUAUAUAUUUGUUUUAUAUUUGAAUGUACAGUUCCUAUUUUAAAGUGCUUCUUGUAGUAAUAUUAAUUUACAUCUGAAGUAACUACGAAACUCUCAAUACAGGUAUAAAACUUCUGAAAAGAGUAUGAAGUACUGUAAAAAUGAGCUGGUGUGUUGUCUACAUGAGCAUGAGACUGACACGUUAGAACAAGAGAUGCAAGAAGAUACUCAAAAGGAAUGUGGUGAUGUUUUAUUAUUCAGUGUAAGCUCCCCAGCAAAUUACACCUCAUUUAGUAAUUUAAAUCAGUCCUACAACACCUAAAGGAUUUUUUUGUCAGAUUGCACCUUUGUGAAAUGUUUAUAGAAUAGAGGAGGGGAUUUAAUUACAAAGAACUUGUGUAAUAAUAUAUAUGUUGGUAUCCAGUACGCUUAUUAGAGUGGGUCAAAUUUAGAUUUGAAGUCACUCUUCAGAAUUUAAGGUAAAUAUGUUUUUUGAAUGCUCCUACUGCCAUAUGGCUAGGUUUGCCAACAGUUUUAACAACUGUUAAAUGUUUGUUUCAUGCAUAGGAAGUGGUGUAUAUGUUGACAGUAAUGAACAAGCACAAUGAAAUAUUUGUCUUCACAGGAAAAAUGAGCACCCUAACAUCUUCAGAAAUAAGGGAAGGAAUGCUGUGUCAGCAUUCUUUCAAUGUAUGAACUGUCCCUAAAUGUUUUUAUUCAGUCUAGUUUUUAGCCUGUUUUCCUGUUAAAACUAGUAAUAUUCACUGGCAUUGUCCAUAUGUCCCUUGUAUGACUUUGGAACUUGCUUUCAAUCAAAUUUUAAAAAGGGGAAAAAGGUCUUAAACAUCUCUGACUAUAAUAGUUGUGACAACCAAAGAUGGGAUGUAGGAGAGAUGUUCAAAUCACUGUCCAUGUCUGUUGGAAAUGCAGACAAAAUACUUUGUUUUGCUAGCAGCCAGGGAACUAGUUGAUGUGCUGUGGCUACCUGGUAUCAAUGUAUGUGUUGUCUCUUGUGUGAAAGGAAUAUCUUGAGGUAUAUCGGAGGAAAGGGAUGGAGUGAGAAGUUAGGGUUAUUGCAAUGGAAGUGCUUUAGAUAUCUGUGAAGAAAAAGCAUGUCUUUGGUUCUACUGUUCACUGAACUACUUCUUAAUGCUUUGUUUUCCUGAUAAUGGAACAGUACUAAAACAAGCUGGAUGACAGAAACUACUGCAAAUUCAUACCAUGAUAAAAAAAAAAAAAGGAACUAGUGAGUAUGGAAGUGGAUGAAAUGCUAGAGAAGAUACGUAAUAACUUACAAAGAGAGAUGACUACAUGAAUUAAAAAUGUAUUUUAGGUAAUGUGUCCAUAGCUUUCAGAAGCAAGUUUGCAGUUUUGCAUUACAGUCAAGAUAACAUACUGUGUAGUAAAAGUAACUUCAAACAAAAUUUUGUUUUCAAAAACUUUAAGUGAUGAUGGUAAUGAAAAAACUGCUGUAUGAAAACUUUAUUGUUUUAAAGGCUAAAAGUAUGAAAUCAUCACAGACUUCUUUUGGAAUAAUUAUUUAUGGA